UUUAUUAGGUGAUGCAACAAUGUCAAUCGAUCUCUCAGCGGUGAGUCCGUUCCGUCGUCGGGUAUAUGAAGCGCUGCUGGAAGUUCCGAAAGGGAAAGUCACCACGUACAAGGAGCUCUCACGGAGGAUUGAUUGUCGAUCCUGCCAAGCUGUCGGUCAGGCUUUGAAGUGCAAUCCCUUCGCCCCUGAUGUUCCGUGCCAUCGUGUUGUGCGAGCUUCACUUGAUAUUGGUGGUUUUCAUGGCCACGUCGCUACGGAUUCCAAGGACGUUCAACGAAAGAUAGCUCUCCUCCUCGAAGAAGGCGUUGUAUUCGUUGAUGACAACACCCGAGUUCGAGUCAGUUCCGAGUGUCUAUACCAUUUCUGACUUUGCCAUGCACGUAGUUUUCCAAU